AGUACCGCAUAGAAUCAAAAAAUCGUAAAUAAGAUUUAUUUUUGCAUAAUUUUCAUGAUAAUUUCGUUACAUUUUCCGCUGAAUUACCGAUUUUUCGUGGGUUUAUUGUUUGCCGUAGCUAAUGCAAGCGAAAUUUCGCGGAUCGCUGCCGAAAGAAACGCAAAAUAAGUGUCGAAUGCGCUGUGGACGACGAACAAGCAUCUUACCGAAAUUCUGAAGCAAGGGAAGGUGAAUGAUGUCUCACGAUAUCAACAUUAUGCACGAGAUGAGCGACGACGGGAACUUUUCGUCGGAUCUCCUGCAGGACUACGACCAGUACGAGGAGAUUGAGGACGACUCGCAGCAGCUGCUCAUGCAAAAUAUCAACGGCAACGACGUCAUUAUCCUUCCGGCGACGGGAAAUCUCGUCAAUAUCGGCAACCAGCAAAUGUUUUUGUAUGGCGGCGACGUUGCUCUGAGCGGCGCCGACAUUUCGGGCACACUUCCGGGUCCGUCGGUGACGUCGCACAGCACAUCGAAACGCCAACGAGGCAGCAACGCCAACAACGGAACGACACAAGCCGCGCAACGUGCCAAACAGAAACUCGUGAACCAGCUGAUCGCGUACGAGAACACCAACGAAAACAGUCUCAAUGAUCUGGAGGAGGGCGAAAUUACGGAUCGACCGAAGAUGCGAUGGGAACAGAAACAAGUACAAAUUAAGACGAUGGACGGCGAAUUUAGUGUCACGAUGUGGGCAUCGGGCACAGAUGAGGGCGAAGACGAGGAUCCCGACUACACGGAAUACAUGGCAGGCAAGAAAAUUACGCUCGAUAACAGUGCAACGCAAGUGCCGGGACUCGAUUUGUCGGAUCCCAUGCAACUUGCGACUUUGGCGCGUCCUCGCAGUCAACCGCCCGUCCUGAAACAGUCGAAAAAGGGACAAAGUGUGGCGAGUGACAACACAAAUGCCGAUCGACCCAUUGCUUGUCCGCACAAGGGAUGCGGAAAAUCCUUCCGUGAUAACUCGGCGAUGCGAAAACACUUGCAUACUCAUGGGCCGCGCGUGCACGUUUGCGGCGAAUGCGGAAAAUCCUUCGUUGAGAGCUCCAAACUGAAACGACAUCAAUUAGUACAUACAGGCGAAAAACCCUUCCAAUGCACGUUCGAGGGAUGCGGAAAGCGAUUUUCGUUAGACUUUAAUUUGCGAACACAUGUUCGCAUUCAUACAGGUGAUCGUCCCUAUGUCUGUCCCUUCGAGAACUGCAACAAGAAAUUUGCGCAAUCCACCAACUUGAAAUCUCACAUUUUAACGCAUGCCAAACCAAAAAAGGGUCAGCAGCAACAACAACAGGCACUCGCUAACCAACAGCAGCAACAGGCACUUCUGAAUCAAGCGCAAUUGCAGCAGCAACAACAACAACAACAAGAGUCAUUGUCUGCCGCAACGUUUGCCAAUAACCGAACCACCAAUGCAAAUUUCCUCCAAAUUCCCGAUACGACACAGCAAUACAUCAAAUUAGAGUCCGUUGAUAAUCUGGAUCAGCAUUUGGAUGAUCAGCGAUUCGUUUUAUAUACCGACUAGAAUUCUAAGCCACGCGAACCCACACAAGAGAUUGUCAAACCAUCCGCUGGAAAUGGUUGUCUUUCAAAUUUUUCCCCUUUUUUUGGUUUUUGAAGUCUAUCUAGAAGAGAAAAAAAAUGUGAAAUGAAGUUGAAAUCUUAGAAGUAGAUGCUUUUCUUCCCAACUUUGAUGAUUAAAUCACAUCAAAGAAAUAUUUUUUUUAAGGCAAAUCUCGCGGAUUUUUUUUCCUUCGUAUUUUUGUGACUUGCUUUACUACUUAUAAACGAUUUUUAUCAAUUAGUAUACCUUUUUUCUUCAAUCAUAUCUUAAAUAUCCUAUAAAUAACGAAAAUACGUGUAAGUAAGAGAAGUACAUAAUAGUCUGAUAGAAAACAAAAAAUUAGCUUUAGUUUUGUGAACUCGUUUAAAAUAUAAUUUUAUUUUUAGAAAAAAGCGCCAAGAAAUCGAAAUACAAAAAAAAAAAGAUUUUAAUUUAAAAAUAAGAUUUGACUGUAAAAUCUCUGUAUCCUCCACUUUUUAUUAGUUUUAAGCAUAAUAAUUAAUAGUUAUAGUCCUACUAUGAAUAAUUUUGCAUUUACCGAAAAAGUUAUUAUUUAAAAAAAAAAUUACUUAAGAUUUUACUUUUUUUUUGUUUUGUCAAAAGCGAGCGUUUGUUCGUCGAAUUUAAGCAAAAAAGAAAAAAAAAUAUUGCAUUUGUAAAUUGAAUUUAGGAAAUUAAUGUCUAUACAUACGAAACUAUUGAUUUUAAUUUUAGCGUUGUUUUAAGGAGUAUUUUAGAUUUUAUCUGGGGAAUCUCGCAAAAAAUCAAUAAAAAAAGGAGAUUCUUCAAUUUGAGCACACACAAAAAAAAAGAACAAGAGUUUCGAAAAAGAAAUUAGUAAUAAAUACAAAACCAACCUAUAGCAAGUAAUAAUUGAUGUCGUUAGGUAUUAAGAUUAUGGACUAUUUU